AUGAGUACUGCAGACAAACAAGAUUGGGAAAUCGAGAGUGACAAGCUGGUAACAUAUGCUGGAAGGAGAAAAUGGCCAAUGAUAGGACGCCACGUUUCAAGAAGCAAUAACCGUUCCGUGAUCUCAGGCACGGGAAGAGGAAAGGAGAAGCGGCUGGCUAUGAGGCAGAAUCUCAUGGAAUCAUCCGUUCAAUGUAUCACAGAAGCCUGGGUGCCUGAUAAGCUACUACGGGACGCAUUGAAAGCAACACCAGCGAAGAUAAAAACAAAGACCGUAGAACGGGACAAAGUUGAAGGGCAGCCACAAAACAAAAGAAAGCGAGGCAGGGACGAGACCCAACAACAAAUAUUGGACGAAGGAAAAACAAUUAUGAGCUGGAUGUUCUAUUAUUGGCCAAUUGGGGAAACCUAG